GUUCUAGCCUUUAUAAUUGCAAGGCCUUGUGCGAAAGAUCUAUCCCCCCACUCACAACUGCAGCGAUUCUACAGACCGUUACUGCAAGAGGAACAAGCCAUGAUCCCUCCUUUCCCGCGCGUUGAAGCGCCCUCCGCCGUCUGGCCUAUACCGAUAUCACCCUCACGAUCGCAAUCGGCUCAGCUAUCGCAUUUCUGUGGCGGGUAAACUCGAAUCCCGACAUGGAGCGCCUGGCAAACAGCACCGUUGCCCAGGGUGAGAAGCUCUACACGCACAUCAACGCCUGCAUAGUAUGCCCCCCACACAGAGACUUACAUUGGACAGCGCAGUUGGUACAGCGUCUGCACGUCUCCCCUGGCGAGACUAGGGCGGUAGCGCUGUCGUGCUUAGAGAAGAAGAUGAGGGCACUGGUAGAAGCCACGAGAGGUACCCCUAGGUUGGGAGCCUGUGAGCCAGGGGAGAACCCCGAGCGGACGGUGAGGCGACUUGCGAGGCAGUUGUAUAGACACUUCACUGCGAAUGUGAUUGUGUGGGAGGUUGGGAGGGGGGCAGUGGGGGCAGCGUUGGGGCUGGUAUUGCAUGGGACAAGUGGGGUGACGCAGGAGGCUGCGUUGAGGGCGCUGAACGCGAGGAUGAAGGCGCUGGUGGAGGUUAACAAAAGAGGCCGAUAGGUUAGCGGCAUACAAGGAAAGCAUUGAGUGUGUACUUUGGGACCAAGGGUCUACUGCAUUGUAGGGCGCGCUGUGGAUGCGCCCAGGGUCUUCAGCGAACGUACGUACACCCUGAAUAGAAUUAAAUCAUGAGGAUAGACCCUGCUCCAGGUAAUACGAGGCAACAAGGGAGGAUGACCAAAGCCAGAGUGUGAGAUGGCUCUCGAUGCCAGUUGGUGAUUGGUAAAGUGAGCUACCAUC